UUAUUGUUGCACAUCAAAAUUUGUACGUUGGAAAAUUUAGUUUAUUACCUCAUUUGUUGUUGUCUUUAAGAAAAAAUAUACCUACACAUAUUAUUUUACUAAGGAGGGGACUAAAGAGUGUUGCUGUAAAGGCGUGGAAAGUGCGUGUGUGUGUGAAUCCUCAUUCCGGCCUUCUCUCUGAAGCCGGGACCUGGAGUUUGGAAGAACAGAAGACACGAUAUGGCGGUAAACCUGGACAAGGAGGCGUAUUACCGCCGGAUUAAGCGUUUAUAUGGCAAUUGGAAGAAAGGUGAAGAUGAGUUCGGGAAAGUGGAUGCUAUCGUGGUGUCUGUCGGUGUGGAUGAAGAGAUUGUCUAUGCCAAAUCCACAGCCCUACAGACCUGGCUGUUUGGUUAUGAGUUGACAGACACCAUCAUGGUGUUUUGUGAGACGAAGAUCCUUUUCUUGGCCAGUAAGAAGAAAGUUGAGUUUCUCAAACAGGUGGCCGUAACCAAGGGCAACGAGAAUGCCAACGGAUUGCCACCCAUCACGCUGCUGGUCCGAGAGAAGAAUGAGAGUAACAAAGCAAACUUUGAGAAGAUGGUGGAGGCCAUUCGCGGCAGUAAGGAGGGCAAAACUGUGGGCGUCUUCAUCAAGGACAAGUUUCCGGGAGAGUACAUGAAAAGCUGGAACGACACACUCACAGCAGAGGGCCUGGAGAAGGUGGACAUUAGUGCAGUGGUGGCCUACACCAUGGCAGUUAAAGAGGAUGGAGAACUGGCCCUGAUGAAGAAGGCUGCAGCCAUAACCAGUGACGUCUUCACCAAGUUCUUCAAAGAGCGUGUCAUGGAGAUUGUAGACGCUGACGAGAAAGUGCGACACAGUAAACUGGCUGAGUCUGUGGAGAAGGCCAUAGAGGAGAGAAAGUACCUGGGGGGCGUGGACCCCUCCACCGUGGAGAUGUGCUACCCUCCCAUCAUUCAGAGUGGAGGCAACUACAGCCUCAAAUUCAGCGUGGUCAGUGAUAAAAACCACAUGCACUUCGGGGCGAUAACAUGUGCGAUGGGAAUUCGCUACAAGUCCUACUGCUCUAACCUGGUACGCACACUCAUGGUCGACCCUCCUCAGGAAAUGCAGGACAACUACAACUUCCUCUUACAGGUGGAGGAGGAGCUUCUCAAAGAACUCAAACACGGUGUUAAGAUCUGUGAUGCUUAUAAUGCGGUGAUGGAGAAUGUGAAGAAAGAGAAACCAGAUUUGGUCAGCAAACUCACCAAAAACCUUGGGUUUGCGAUGGGGAUUGAGUUCAGAGAGGGCUCUCUGGUCUUAAACGGGAAAAAUCAGUACAGACUGAAGAAAGGGAUGGUGCUGAGUGUCAGUCUGGGUUUUGCUGAUCUGAUAAAUAAAGAUGCGAAGAAGGAAGAGCAGAAGAAAUACGCGCUGUUCAUCGGAGACUCUGUGCAGAUUAACGAGGAGGAUCCAGCUACUAUUCUGACCCCAGUGAAGAAGAAGAUAAAGAAUGUGGGAAUUUUCCUCAAGAAUGAUGAUGAGGAGGAUGAAGAGGAAGAUGCUGACGAUGCAGAGGAGCUGCUGGGGAAAGGUGCUCGGAGUGCAGCUUUACUGGCCGACAGAACCAGGAAUGAAAUGACUGCAGAGGAGAAAAGGCGGGCUCAUCAAAAGGAGCUGGCCAAUCAGAUGAACGAGGAAGCCAAACGCCGUUUGACAGAACAGAAGGGAGAGCAGCAAAUCCAAAAGGCCCGGAAGUCCAACGUGUCCUACAAAAACGUGUCCCAGAUGCCGCGGGAGAAGGACAUCCGAGACAUGAAAAUUUUCAUCGAUAAGAAGUACGAGACCGUCAUCAUUCCUGUGUUCGGCAUCGCCACGCCUUUCCACAUCGCCACCAUAAAGAAUAUCAGUAUGUCUGUGGAGGGAGACUACACCUACCUGAGGAUAAACUUCUACGUGCCAGGCAGUUCACUGGGCAGACACGAAGGCAACAUCUUCCCUAACCCAGAGGCCACCUUCGUCAAAGAAAUUACGUAUCGGGCCUCUAACCUGAAAGCUCCCGGUGACACAUCAGUUCCCUCCACCAACCUGCAGAACGCGUUCCGUAUCAUAAAGGAGGUGCAGAAACGUUAUAAGACGCGGGAGGCGGAGGAGAAAGAGAAGGAGGGCAUCGUCAAGCAGGACUCGCUGGUCAUCAACCUGAACCGCAGCAACCCCAAGCUCAAAGACCUCUACAUCCGACCCAACAUCGCCCAGAAACGGAUGCAGGGGUCCCUGGAGGCCCACACCAACGGUUUUCGGUUCACCUCAGUCCGCGGGGAUAAAGUGGACAUCCUCUACAACAACAUCAAACAUGCCAUCUUCCAGCCCUGCGACGGAGAGAUGAUCAUCGUACUGCACUUCCAUCUCAAGAACGCCAUCAUGUUCGGUAAGAAGCGCCACACAGACGUGCAGUUCUACACGGAGGUGGGAGAGAUAACCACAGACCUGGGCAAGCACCAGCACAUGCACGACCGCGACGACCUCUACGCCGAACAGAUGGAGCGCGAGAUGAGACACAAACUCAAAUCCGCCUUCAAGAACUUCAUCGAGAAAGUUGAGACCCUCACCAAGGAGGAGCUGGAGUUUGAGGUUCCCUUCAGAGAUCUGGGGUUCCAGGGCGCCCCCUACAGGAGCACCUGCCUGCUGCAGCCCACGUCGAGCGCGCUGUGUAACGUCACGGAGUGGCCGCCGUUUGUGGUGACUCUGGAUGAGGUGGAGCUGGUUCAUUUCGAGCGCGUUCAGUUCCACUUGAAGAACUUUGAUGUCGUCAUCGUCUACAAGGACUACAGCAAGAAGGUCACCAUGAUCAACGCCGUGCCCGUCAACUCCCUGGACCCAAUCAAAGAGUGGCUCAACUCGUGCGACAUUAAGUACACGGAGGGCGUGCAGUCGCUGAACUGGACGAAGAUCAUGAAGACGAUCGUGGACGACCCAGAGGGCUUUUUCGAACAGGGCGGCUGGUCCUUCCUGGACCCGGAGAGCGAGGGCAGCGGAGGAGAGGAAGACUCCGAGUCCGAGAUGGAGGAUGAGACGUUUAACCCGUCGGCCGAGGAGGAUGAGGAAGAGGAGGAAGACAGUGAUGAAGAUUACUCCUCUGAGACGGAAGAUUCUGACUACAGUGCGUCUCUGGGCAGCGAGGAGGAAAGUGGGAAGGACUGGGAUGAACUGGAGGAGGAGGCCAGGAAAGCGGACAGAGAGAGUCAUUAUGAGGAUGAGGAGAGCACCAGCAGGAAGAGGAAGGGCCGGACAGCAGCACAUCCUCCCAAGAAGAAACGGCGACACUAACUCUCUUACUCACACACACUCACACUCACACACACACACACACACACACGACAUGACAUGUACACUGCCAAAUUGUGUUUUGACAUCCCAGCCCUUACAACUCUUUUUGUCUC